AUCCCAAAUUCAGUUCGAAGAAUUUUAGAAAAACAAACCACCAGGAGUCCUGAUUCAGGACCGAAAUCAUCAGAACAAAACAGUCCCCUUCGAGGUUGAGCUUGAAGGAUGUCGACACCAGCAAGAAAAAGAUUAAUGAGGGAUCUCAAAAGGUUAAGCCAAGAUCCACCUGCUGGUAUCAGUGGAACUCCUAAUGAUAAUAAUAUCAUGAUCGGGAACGCUGUGAUAUUCGGACCUGAUGACACCCCUUGGGAUGGAGGUACAUUUAAAUUGACAAUGCAGUUCACAGAGGAAUACCCUAACAAGCCUCCGUCAGUUCGGUUUAUUUCGCGGAUGUUUCACCCAAAUAUCUAUGCAGAUGGAAGUAUCUGCUUGGAUAUUUUACAGAAUCAAUGGAGUCCCAUUUAUGACGUUGCCGCAAUAUUGACUUCUAUUCAGUCCUUGCUUUGUGAUCCAAACCCAAACUCCCCAGCAAAUUCAGAGGCAGCUCGUUUAUUCAGUGAUAGCAAAAGGGAAUACAACCGGAAAGUCCGUGGCAUAGUGCAGGAGAGCUGGACAGGUGACUAGAAAACCACGAAAAAAAAUAGAUGAGUGGAGAAAAGGUGGGAGUCUGACUGCAAAACGAUCAAAAAAGAAAGCGACGAGAGCGAUGGUUGGUGGAUAUCCUGCAUGUUUCAAACUUCACUUAAUAUUUGUCACCGUGGUGUUGGGACAUUGUCCAUAAGUUAUUCUGACACAUAUUUGCACACUUGCACAUAUAAGUAUAUAGGAAGAACUCUUACAUUUAUUAAUUAGUCUAAACAUGCAAUAACAUCCGGAAGAAAGCUGUAACAGUGUAGCUCCCAAGUGUUGAUGGUGGAUUUUCGACAAAGGCUAAAAUCGUAAGAUCAUAAUUUUGCAUAUUUCUGACAUGGCUUCAGAUACAUAUGUGAAAUUCAUAUUUUAGGAUUCA